UUAACUUUUUUUGUUACUCAUCGCGUCCGUCGACGACUUUGCAGUUUUAAUUUUUCCAAUCGGGGGACAUUUUUACGCUCUUGCGCUGGAUAAACAGUGGUUUGUUUUCCAAUACAGUACCUGGGCUACAGUCUGCCAGACCGAACUACGUGCUAUGAAUUUUCUCGCGACACGUAAAACUAUUCGACCCGCUCCUCCGACCCAGAUUGCGAUCGAGACUCGUUUGAAAGUCGAUAAAUAGGCUGGAAAAGCGCGAAAAUCGUUCAUACUAGUGCGGAAAAUAGUCGCGUUCGGAAAGAAGCAGUUCAGCGGAUAAAAGGAGAAUCGUUGUAAAUUUAUUUCAAGUGAACGAAAAGAAUCAAAACAAAUCGAAUUAAAUUCGAACACACUUGGCGUGUGAUUGGUGAAUAGUGUUGAGAGAAUAUAAAGGUUUUGGUUGAAGAAAAGCGGAAGCGAACGGUUAGUGUUAACUGUGAAGUCAAGUACAUUUGAAUUUUAUAUUCGGAGAGCUGCAAAAUAAGUGAUAUUUGAAGACAGCUAAAAGCAGACGAAUCGUUUGCCACCGUCGUCCAAGCCAAAGUGUUGUCGCAUCGCAUCGUAGCCGCCUUUAUCAGUACCCCAUCAUCAACGGUUAUAUUCGCAGUCUGCGCAGUGCCACAAGUAAACACACCGCUAUUUGAUCAAGAAGCGAUCCCGAACCAAUUUGGUGGACCAAGUUGCCUAAUAUUACUUCAGUGAAAGUGAAAAAUUAGUGUGAAAAAAUUCAAGAAACCCGUGAUAAAACCAGAAAUUAUUGAACGAAGAACAGUGUUUCUGAAGAUCAUUUCGACGGAAAGUUUGCAUCGACGUAAAAUCAACAGCGAUUCCAAAGCCAGUGACAGUGUGUUUACAAAUCGAGGUGCCAUAAAACCAACGAGUCAAGACGAAAUUUACUUCAACUUUUGUGUUACGCGAAGAUUUCGAGAAUCGAGAAGUUUUGUGUAGUUGAACAUCAGAGAAUACAACGAAAAUUCAACUUUUAGCAGUGAUAGUGUAUAUUGGUGUGCUCAUGAAUAUAAAAUAAAUAUAAACAAAAUAAUUGAUAACGAAGAAUAUUGGAGAAACUAGUUAUUGAAACCACCGAAAAUAAAAUAGUGCAUGUAAAAAAAGAAGAAAUCAACGACCCAACGAGUUAAGCGAAUCAACCAAAGUGCCAAUUUUCUGAAGAUAUAGCCAAAAAAUAUUGUCCGACCACUUAUCAUUAACGUGAACCAUCGCUGUCGCCCGUCUUCGCCAUUAGCCCGCGGCUCGGGUUCUCUUUCGGUGGUGUAUAGUGCUAAGCGUGUUGUUGUUUGUCCCACUCUCAUCACUAUCGCGCAGCGCCGCCGGCCUACCGCAACUACAACAAUAAGCUUCGUUCUCCGCCAACUAAAUAAAAUUGAGUACCGACAGGCCCGACUUAGGGCAGCCCAACAGCAGCAAGAGCAGCAGCCCAGAGACCCGGGACGGACGGGAGUCGUCGAAUAGCGCACAUUCGAAUCGGGCACCAAUAAAAUAUUGUUAAAAACGGCCCACCGAUUUCAGUGCGUUUUUCACGCUCCUUCAAGUUACACGCCGCGGAGUGUUGGCUUUCGGGAAGUGAUUAUUUUAUUUUUAUGACACCGCGGUUUCGAACCAGGCAAAAUAGUGUGGAUGCGCGUGUGUUUUGACGGGCUGUGCUUCGCGUCACGGCGACCGGCGGCGGCCGUAGAGCAGGAGACGCAGACGGUCUUGUGCGGCGCAACCGCACUCGAUACUCAGCAUCUCGUGCGUCUGCUGAAGUACGCGAACUUCGCGGCGCCGACCAACGGACUCGGUCUCGCUUUCGGUUCUCCGACGCUGACUGUCCCCCAGUCCCGGUCCCUGCCUCCGUCCCGUCCUGAUCCCCCCACCCACAAUCCGCCGUCGGGCGCGUCGCUGUUGUCGUCGGCGUCAGUAGCUUGUCUCGGUUCCGCGGGAAAAGAUCUAGCCGUUCCGUCAUUGCGAAUCGUCGCGUCAACCGUCGUCGCUGGCACGAUGAAUGAAAACAGUGGUGAGCUGGGCGCGUCUGCUCCCGACCAGCAACCGAACCAACACCAGAAUGACCAGAUCAAUAACAACCUGGAUGCCUCCGCCGCCGUUAACAAUGUCAAACAGAUGGUCAUGCUGCAGGGUGACCUCCAGCAGAACCUCUACAUCAACGAUCCGGCCAGUUUAAAUCUCACCCCUCGGGAGCAGGAAUUGCUGAAAGUGAUACAGGCCCGAGACAUCCGGAUCCGCGAGCUGGAGGACUGCUUACGGCAUAAACAUGACGAGGUGGCCGAACUGCGGAGCCACCUGGACAAGUUCCAGAGUGUGUUCCGGUCGAGCGGCGGUGCCGGUGGAGUGUCACCAGGUGGCCGCAAAAUGGGCACCAGCGGAGGAGUGCAGCGGCAACGUGCCCAGGGUAUUUCCGCCGAACCGCAGCGGGACAUUUCGGUGCUGGAGCUGAUGCACGUUGCGUUCCCAAAAUACGACAAGGAAGACAGAUCCCGCGAAAUCAUCAAAUCCGCCAUCCUGGACAAUGACUUCAUGAAGAACCUGGAGAUAACGCAGAUCCGCGAGAUCGUGGACUGCAUGUAUCCGGUGCAGUACGGUGCCGGCAGCCUCAUCAUCAAGGAGGGCGAUGUGGGCAGCAUAGUCUACGUGAUGGAAGAGGGUCGCGUCGAGGUGUCCCGCGAAGGAAAAUACCUGUCGACGCUGUCCGGCGCCAAGGUGCUCGGCGAGUUGGCCAUCCUCUACCAUUGCCAGCGAACGGCGACCAUCACCGCGGCCACCGACUGCAAGCUGUGGGCCGUCGAGCGACAAUGCUUCCAAACCAUCAUGAUGCGAACCGGUCUGAUCCGGCAGGCCGAGUACUCCGACUUCCUCAAGAGCGUACCGAUAUUCAAAAACCUUCCGGAGGACACCCUGUGCAAGAUUUCCGACGUGCUCGAAGAGUGCUACUACCAGAAGGGCGACUACAUCAUCCGCCAGGGGGCACGCGGCGACACCUUCUUCAUCAUCUCCAAGGGUCAGGUGCGCGUCACAAUCCGCCAGCCGGACACCCAGGAGGAAAAGUUCAUCCGCACGCUCGGCAAGGGCGACUUCUUCGGCGAGAAGGCACUUCAAGGGGAUGAUUUGCGAACGGCCAACAUCAUUUGCGAUUCGCCCGAAGGUGUCACCUGUUUGGUUAUCGAUCGCGACACCUUCAACCAGUUGAUCUCCAAUCUGGAUGAAAUCAGAAACCGUUACAACGACGAUGCCGUCAACGAGAAGAAGAAGAUCUACGAAGAGUUCCGUGAGGUGCGGUUAACGGAUCUACGAGUGAUUGCCACGCUUGGCGUGGGAGGUUUUGGCCGUGUCGAGCUGGUCCAAUUGGCGCAAGACAAGGCACGAUCAUUUGCCCUGAAGCAGAUGAAGAAGUCUCAAAUUGUGGAGACCCGCCAACAGCAGCACAUCAUGUCCGAAAAAGAAAUCAUGAGCGAGGCAAAUUCUGACUUCAUCGUGAAGCUGUUCAAGACCUUCAAAGACCGCAAGUAUCUUUACAUGCUGAUGGAAAGCUGCCUCGGUGGUGAACUGUGGACAAUCCUGCGCGAUCGUGGACACUUUGACGAUGGUACCACGCGCUUCUACACGGCCUGCGUUGUGGAAGCGUUCGAUUAUCUGCACUCGCGCAACAUCAUCUAUCGGGAUUUGAAACCGGAGAAUCUUCUGUUGGACGUGUCCGGCUAUGUCAAGUUGGUGGAUUUUGGCUUUGCCAAGAAACUUCAGUCAGGACGUAAAACAUGGACAUUCUGCGGAACGCCGGAGUACGUAGCACCAGAAGUGAUCCUCAACAGAGGCCAUGACAUCAGUGCGGAUUAUUGGUCGCUAGGCGUCUUAAUGUUUGAACUUUUAACCGGCACUCCUCCCUUUACUGGAGCCGACCCAAUGCGCACCUACAACAUUAUCCUGAAGGGUAUCGACGCCAUCGAGUUCCCCCGUAACAUCACCCGCAACGCCAGUGCCCUCAUCAAGAAACUGUGCCGAGACAACCCAACGGAACGACUGGGAUACCAACGGGGAGGAAUCAGCGAAAUUCAGAAACACAAAUGGUUCGAUGGGUUCUACUGGGAGGGUCUGCGGAAUCGUAGCCUACCGCCACCGAUCCUGCCGAAGGUCCAAAGCGUGGUUGACACCGCCAACUUUGACGACUACCCAGCCGACCCUGACGGUCCACCACCGGAUGAUCUCUCCGGAUGGGACGAAGAUUUCUAGGCUAUCUGACGUUCUUUUCCAGCCUUUCAUUCUUUUACACAUUUCUUCGUGCUAGGACAGAACAAAUUCGGCUUGUCCUUCUCUUUCCUCAUUCAAGCAAACCAUCAACCCAAGACCGGGACAAGCCUUACAAUGUGACUAUUUUUGUGUAGACUUUAGUGCAUUCGUUCGUAUGUUAGUAUGUGGAAUUUGUCGUGUUGAUUCGAAUAUUACCAAGAAACCCAACAAACUGUAGCUAGCUGUAGUGCAACCAACAGAAGACAGAGCGGUGAGAAUGCCAUUUGAGCCAUAUUUUCAAAUUUCGUGCAAAAGUAAAGAAAAUGUACUCCUAAGAAGCACAGCUGAUUGACAACGAGAACGAUUGGAGGUUGCGUGAGAGUUAGAUAAUCGAAAUGUGUCUUCCUAAUCAUAUUUUAACCGGUAAACCAUUUUCCAUAAGAUCUAUUUAUCCUCUUAGCAAGAAAAAAGAACAUUUAUCCGUGCUAUAAUUUUAAUCUGCAAAACUUCCGAUUCAAAAUAUCCGACUAAAAUCUAACUUAAGAACAGUUGUUCACCAGAACUGUAGCUAUUCGUUUGACUACACAGGUCGUUCUUCUCUUGCCUAAUGUAAUGCAAUGAUUUCUUCUUGUUAUUUUUCUGUUAUGUAAUUUGAUUUCUGUUUUUUGUAAAAAAUGUACAUAAAAAAAACUUUUUAUUAGAGUCAAACUGGAACGAAUCAAAGAAAACAAGUGGAUGGCCGAAUACAAUUUAUUAACUUUUAUUGCUAUAUGUUUUUUUCGAAUUCUGAUUAUGAAUCAGAGCUAUCAAGAUGAUAACAAUUAAAACACACCAACACUUA